GAUAAUAUUUUGUUGUGCGUCGCCAUGGCGUUCUCACACUUUAAAAUUACUGUUUUAUUUUAAUGCUUUUGAGACAUUAGUGUUAUGAUAGAUUUAUAUGAGAUUGCGAUAUUUAAUGCUUUCAUGUACUAUUUAGUGUCUUGUUUGCAGAAAUUGGCCUUAACUUAAUUAAGAUAUUAAAAGUAACAAAAUGCCUCUUCAAUAUUUGGCAAUUAUUUCAUCUGUGAGAGAAAAUCGAUUAGCCAACAAAAUGGUUGCCCUACUAAAGACUCAGUUUGAAAAAGAAAUGACACCUGGAAAUGACACCUAAAGGUCAUGUUCUUAAGAUUCUAGAUUCUGAAAACUAUGAUUUACCAUUGCUAAAAAAACCAUUGCAUUUUUAUGGCCCUGAUGAGAAAUCAAAGAUUCCAGAUAAGCAAUUGAGUUUAAAUAAACUUGUUAAAGCUGCUGAUGUUUAUAUUAUUCUUCUUCCUGAAUAUAACAGAUGUGGCCCACCUGCUUUAUACAACACUUUAGACCAUUUACCACCAGCAAGUUUUGCAUACAAAUCCAGUGGAAUUUUUGGAUAUUCUAUGGGACCUUCUGGUGCUGCUUUUGCAACAGCAUCUGUGCGACCUUUGUUAACUGAAUUAGGUUGCUUACCAGUCUCUCAUAGCGUACAAAUUCAAGCAGCUCAUACAGUUGUCAAUGGUGACGGAAGUACUGAAAACUCACAGAUAUUAAGUAGUCUUAAAACUUUAUUUCAACAAACAGAAUGGUGGGGAGAAGAAGCAAAAGUAGGGAGAACAAAAGGAACACCUGCCUAAAAUUUAACAAUAAUACUUACAUACUGUAUUUAUUUAAAGCAAUAUUUAUUUGUAAUAUAUUUAUCUCAG